AUGCCAACUCAACCUCUCUUAGCCUAUAUUGAUGGGCCAAAUGUUAUAGGCAGUACAGUUGAUUCCCAUACGGAAAUUAAUGAUACAGCAAUAUCAAUCAAAGGGACCAACACAAUUUCUUACAAAAACCUGCAGGAUAAAUUUUUGAUACAAGCAGAAGGAUGUAUGCUUUUAGAACAGACUUUUAAACAUCCAGAAGAUCUUAGUAAGCAUGUCUUAAUGCAACAUCAACCCACACUUUGUGAACCAGAAGUUCUCCAUGUUGAAGCUGAGUAUCUUAGUCCUCUUGACAAAAGUCAAGUGAGAACAGAGUCUCUGAAGGAGAAUGGUAAAGACAAUGAAGAAUUCAGCUGUGAAGCCUGUGGGCAAACAUUUGGUGGAGCCUUUGAUGUUAAGACCCACAUGAAAAAACAUAAGGACUCUUUCAUUUACUGGUGUAGUGUAUGUGGAAGAAGAUUCAAAGAACCUUGGUUCCUUAAAAAUCAUAUGAGAAGACACACUGGCAAACCUGGGUCCAGAAACAAAUUACAGCAAGGCUUAGAUAGUCCAAUAACAAUAAAUGAAGUUGUACAGGAUAAAGUAGGUGAAGUUGUCACAUCACCUUACAAAAUCUGCAUGGUUUGUGGCUUCCUAUUUCCAAAUAAAGAAAGCCUAAUUGAGCACAGUAAAGUACACACCAAAGAAUCUGUUUCUACUACUGAAAUACAAACUAUUGACUCGAGUGAAGGAGGAAUGUCAUCUCAGAGGGAAGAAUUUCUUCAAUUUCUAAAUUUGAGACCAAACCCAACACCUGAAAAAAUUAAGAAACCUGUAAAAUGGAUUUCUGCGUUAGAUCCAUUUAAUACAUACCAAGCAUGGCAGUUGGCUACCAAAGGCAAAGUUGCUGUUGGCUGUGGAGAAGUGAAAGAACCAGGACAAGUAGCAAGUACAGACAAGGAUGAUUCAUGUUCUGAUAAAGAAGAAUGUGGAGAGAUUUGGAGUGCCAACAAAAGCCAAAAGUCCAAAACAAAUAAAAAAAAUUGUGCAGGAAUUGGCUUUUCACAAGACAAAGAAAAGAGGAAACACGCUAGUGGUGAAGUGCCUUCAGUGGAUGUGGAUCCCAAAUUAACACAUAAUAAACAGAAACCAACACAUUGCUCAGAGUGUGGCAAGGUUUUUAGAACAUACCAUCAGCUAGUCCUUCAUUCAAGAGUUCAUAAAAAAAAAAGGAGAACUGAUGCUGAAUCUCCAACUUCUAUUGAGGGAAGACAACACAGAACAUAUUCUCCAGAUUUAGCCACAGCUCUUGAUGGAAAUGGAACAAUGGAUCGAGUGGAAUGUGGUUCUGAAAAUGGAUCAGAAGACGGACUUUCUGAAGUACUUCAUUUAGAUAAAAAUGAAGAUGGCUUGGAAAGCAGAAAAAUUAAACAUCUUGCUUCAUCCAGAGAGUGUAGCUAUUGCAGAAAGUAUUUCCGUUCAAAUUACCUCAAUAUUCAUCUCAGAACUCAUACAGGUGAAAAACCAUACAAGUGUGAAUUUUGUGAAUAUUCUGCAGCUCAGAAAAACUCUCUGAGGUAUCAUCUGGAGAGACAUCACAAGGACAAGCAAAUUGAUAUUACCACUAAAGUGAAGAAUGAUGGCAAAAACUCACUACUGAGUCGAGAAACUGAAGAUAUGCUGUUAACAACUGAUAGUGCUCAAACCAAAAAUUUGAAAAGGCUUUUUAAUGGUGCCAAAGAUACUAAAGGCUGUACACCUGCAAAACAACAUAAAGAAAUGCCUUCUGCCUUUCAAAAUGUUUUGGGAAGUGUACAUUCAGCCAUAAACAAGGAUACUCAGGAUUCCAGUAAAAACUCAGUUGAUGACAGUUCUGAUAAAAUGAACAAAAGCAUAGUCACUCCAUACUUGGACAAAUUAAAAAAGAAAUCACUAAUUGAACCUCAGGCAAAUAACCCUGUUUAUAAAACAGAGAAGGACAUUUUUUCUGGCAGAGGAGAUCCUAUCCAUGAAAGUGAAGUAAAUAGCACAGAUGAAGUAAAAGAGAGUACUCCUAACUGCAAACAUAAACCAAGCAUGGACUUUGAGGAAGAGCCUUUGAAUUUGUCCACUAGGUCUACUCCAGAACGUGCCACUGUUUCUGUCAGCAGAGGUUUAUUAUCAACAAGCACCUGUCCAUUUUGUACUUACAGAACAUUGUACCCAGAAGUUCUAGUGAUGCAUCAGAGAUUAAUGCACAAAUAUAAUCCUGAUGUUCAUGAAAAUGGUAGAAAUAAGUCUUCAGUCAAAAGUAGGCGUACUGGAUGCCCACCAGCUUUACUUGGAAAAGAUGUGCCUCCCUUAUCUACUAAUUCUCAUAAAUCUAAGAUUUCUCUAGUAACUCAGUCAAAGUCACUGCAUCCAGAGAAAGGGAAACAGUGCCCACCCUUGCCAAGCAAAAUUCCACUUUCUUCGGGAAUAGACUCUAGCACUUUAGCCCCUAGCAACCUGAAGUUUCACAGACCACAACAGAAUAUUGGUGCUCAAGCAGGUGUGAUUAGACAGCAGUCAGAAAUACUUUUGAAAACCGGUUCUUCUCCAGUCCCUGACAGAAUAAAAACACCAGAGGCAAAAUUAAAAUCUUUGAGCAUGUUUCCUCAGCUUGGCAUAGUAGGCAGUAAUGGCAAUAGUUCCUUUUACUAUCCUCUUAAAAGUGACACUCCGUGGUCUAGUAAUCAAGGACAAGAAUAUUUCUGCAAUCAAAAUGUAGGCAAUGCCAAUGUGGAAUUUGGUGAACCCUCUUCAAAAAGAGUGAAAUCUAAUGUCAUUGCUCUUGAACUUGACUCUGCAACAGUAGCCAAUUACAGAAGAGAAUACGAUAUCAACAGAUACCUUGUUGCGAACAUAAUUGCAAAUCGAUUACCUCAGGAUUGUCCAUGUCCACUUGCAUCAGUGCUGCCAACCAAGCAAGGGCUCCUGAAUUCAAAUGAAGUUGAUUCUCCAAAUGUACUGACUGUCCUAAAAUCCUAUGAGCCAUAUGGUCCUGGACCACUUUAUAGUUCUUGUGGAUCUAGUGGUAGUCAAGCAUCAAGCUCUGCAAUAGAAGGAAAAAGACCCAUGUCUUAUCAACAGUUAUCUAACAGCAUGCUGCAAAAAAGAAACUAUGAGAAUCUUAUUACUAACACACAUUAUUGA